CCUCCUCCUCCUCUCUCUCCUCCUCCUCUCUCUCCUCCUCCUCUCGGUGCUGUCAGGGACUCACGUGCAGGAGGCAGCAUCUGGACUGAUGCUCUUCCUCCAACAUCUGGACUGAACCUGAGCAGACUGUCAGGCUCUUCUUCUGGUGGGAGGACACUGUGGCUGCCAUGUCCAGGCGCAGCAGGAACAGCCGUGCAUGGAGAUAUGUGUGGGGAGGGAUACGAAGGGAUGCUGAUACCCGGGCCCUGGAAGAAUGGAGCCACGACCGCCUAGAGUUCAGUGAUUCAGACUCCGAGGCAGACUUUCCAGCAGUGAUGGUCCCUCCAGUCCCCAGCGCAGUGCCCGUCACCGGAGAGUCCUACUGUGGCUGCGACUCCCAGGCUGAGACCAACUACAACCCUCGUCUGCGAGGUUUUCACCAAGUUAAAGACUGCCACUGUGGAGAGGAUGACCAAGAGUUUGACUGGGUUUGGGACGGCAACAGCCGAUCGACAGCAACGUUACUGAGCUGCGACAAUCGAAAGGUGAACUUCCACUCCGAGUACAGCUGUGGCACAGCAGCAAUCCGCGGCUCCAAAGAGCUGGCUGAAGGGCAGCACUUCUGGGAGAUCAAGAUGACGUCUCCAGUGUAUGGAACAGACAUGAUGGUCGGCAUCGGUACUUUUGAUGUGAAUCUAGACAAAUUCAGACACUCGUUCUGUAGCCUGUUGGGAAAAGAUUCAGACAGCUGGGGUCUUUCUUACACUGGCUUGUUGCAUCAUAAAGGAGACAAGUUGAACUUCUCCUCCCGGUUUGGACAGGGAUCCAUCAUCGGGAUCCAUCUGGACACGUGGCACGGCACACUCACUUUCUUCAAAAAUCGCAAGUGUAUAGGUGUUGCUGCCACAGAGCUACAAAAUAAGAAGUUUUAUCCGAUGGCGUGCUCCACAGCAGCAAAAAGCAGCAUGAAGGUGAUCAGGUCCUGCUCUGCGCCCACCUCCCUGCUCUACCUCUGCUGCGCUCGCCUUCGCCAGCUGCUGCCGGACUGUAUGGACACCCUGGACGUGCUGCCGCUGCCGCCAGGCCUCCGCCAGUUACUCCACAACAAAUUGGGUUGGGUGCUCUGUCUCAAUAGCGGCACCACAGAGGAAACCACGGAUGGGCCUGAGUGCUCCUCACGCUCACCUGCCCCCCCCCUGGCCGGACCGUCCUCCUCUGAGAGUGACUCAGAGGGCUGCACGUCUGACCCCGAAGCCUUUCAGAGGAAGAGAUGCCGCUGGACGUGACUGGCCAGCUCGACUCUUACCUCCUCUUAAACACUGGCAGACGUUAAUGUCCUAUGACAUCUGAUCUCAUGUUUCCUACCUGCCUCAAGCUUUCCUCAUCAUCAAUAUUCUCCAGUGGCAAAGAAGAUUACCAGGAAUCGGAGUGAUACGUAAGUAGAAAACUGUGACGGCAGUAUUUCUGCGUACACGCUUUACUGUGAUCUUCUCUCAUACCAUUCAGAUAUCUUAAUGCUCACCAUACAAUCAGUAUCCAAACAAGCUUCAGUAAUAAGUCAAAAGGUGCAGCGUUAUUAUGUUAGCUACAAUAAUUAGUUGCAAUUCAUGUAUGGCGAGUAGUGAAAUGAUGCAGGAAUGGACUGUACAGUGUAACACUGAAGUCAAGUAUGGCCAAUUUUUGAUGGUCAUCAUAGUACCUUUAAAAAAAAAGGGGGGGGGUUUCAAAAAUGAAAGACUGUAUAUUUAAGGGAUGCACUGAUACUGACAAUAUUGACUCAACUUUCUGGAUCGAUUAUCGUGACAGAGCAGACAAUCUGUUCAAUUAAAUGUCUACACACUAUAAACAUUAUAUACUGGAAUUUUAAUUGCUAAAGUUUUGUCCAAGUUGUUGCUGCAUUUAAAAAGGUUUAGGAGAAAAGGAUUUAUUAUUUUAAUCAUAUACACCAAUUCAGUAAAUUUAUAUCUAUGUAUUUAUUUGUUACAUUUUGUUUUACAAAGAUAGUAAAGCAAUGUAUCCUUCCACAGAAAAGACUGAUCCCAGUCAUUCCACACACUGAGGCAUACAGCUUAUUAAUUAAACACAGGUAUCCGUAUCUUUACUCUGUAUCUACUGUUACCAAAGCCCAGGUGUCGGUGUCUUUUGGGACUGAAACUUUGGUGCAACCCUUACAAAUUCUUAUAUUUUCAACCUGUAUGCAAAUAAUGUAUAUUGUUCUCAACCACAAUACUAGUGAUGCAUUAUCAAAGUAAUCUGUGACCUGUUUUACUGGCAUCUGCAAUUUUCUGUUACGUUGAGAAGGUGGCCAAAGUUUAGGAAGUGACACCCUAUAGGUCAACGAGUAUUCUUUAUUUCUUACGCAAUGUUAAGAAAAAAAGAAAUCUGUCUUAAUAAAAACUUAUUAAGACGGAUCAAAAACUUGUUACAAGGAGUUGAAAUGAACCUGAAUGUACUUUGCAUCUCUUCGUGCACCAUGAAUGAAAAUAUUCCAGCCAUCAUCUCCAAACAACUAAUACACCUAUGGCUCUUGUUUCUAGAGCAACUUGAGGGGAAAAAAAGUUAUUUUUUUCAUGUCAUGUCAAACAUUUGUGACACUUCUAGCAAAAUCCAUUUGUCACCAGCUUUUAGAGUCUCCUGUUGAAAUCGUAUUCCACUUGUUUGUAGAAAAUGAGUUUCCUCUUUUCUAAAAGCUGUUAGCAGUAUAUCUUGUUAUUAAGUGUAGCUCUUUUAAAUCUGAUCAUGAGACUAGUAUGCUACUCAGAAGAGACUGAUGCACAUGUAAAAUAACUUUUCAUCGCUGUUAGACCUUAUUGUUUUUUAGAACUUUAAAAAAAAGUUACUUUGAUUGAGAAAAUAUGAGAUUAUGAGCAGUUUUAGUUUUUUUUAACUGAUCUGUUUAUGCAAGUGUGUUGUUUUUGUUUUUCUAAGGCCUUGUCCCAUCACUUCCUGUACCAACUCCACUUGACUGUAAUUAAUCGCACUCUAUUCUAAAUCCUUUUAGUAUCAAACACUCAGCCUUUGUGGGCAUAAAAGUUGGCUCUAAAAAGUUUCCUUGUUUUAUCCGAAAUUAGAUUUCAAUGAUGACAAGUUUUCACAGCAGAAAAUGAGUUUCAAAACGGUUAAAGAAACUUCUCACACUGCUCCUGGAGAAUAAUAAUGAUUCAUAUUUAUUAAUACUAAAAACAUAGUUAACACAUUGAGCACAUGAGAGGACAGUAGAGAGGAGGAUUGUGCUGCAGGAGUGGUUUGCAAUGUGUCAGUUGAAGCUUUGAGACUCAUUUUCUUCUGUGAAAUACAAACAUUUACAGCCACCUUUCAAGCCUUCAGGGACUGAGUGGUUUUAAGAUUAAUUCAAGUAUAACUUGAUCAUGAAUGACUAAGGAGGGGAACAUUACCCCUGGGUCAGGUAUGUAAAUAAAUCUUAUUUAAUUUAGUUUUUUAGUUUUAAACUAUAACAACUAUAGCUAUAAAGAUAGAGUUUGAUUAAGGUGUUGAAGCUACACAGUCUGCCAAUGGCUGCCUCAGUCACCUGUCUUCGAUCAUGUUCACUCCUCAAGGGUCCUGGUUCAAGUAGACGUACACAAAGAUAUAUAUAUAUAUAUAUAUAUAUAUAUAUAUAUAUAUAUAUAUAUAUAUAUGGUACUAUGCAAUACAAGCAUCUUAUGUGAUAUUGGUUUUCAGAAGGAAUGUGUGUUUUAAGAUGUUAAGACUGAGGCCCUGACACAACAACAGAGGUGAAGGUACCAGAGGACCAUGAUUGUUAUUCAUGAGAUGUGUGACAUGACACAGUUAUUCCUGUCCCGUUGUGUAAUGAUUGAUCAGAAUUAUCCCGAUAGAUCUAGUAAUAUAACCCCAAAGAGGUGAGUUGUAGUCCAGCAGAUGUAUUUUUUGUCUUAUUUCACAGCAUUUGUCUUCAUAUUGAUGCAUCCAAGCACUUUCUUUCUUACUGUUGUACUGUAAAUAUGAAAAAUUAUAAGUGUUUCUUCUAUACCGUGUCAUAUUAAUAAUACUGUAUGUGAAGGCCUUUACUCUCCUUUUUCUGUGUAACUUAUCAGCAUGAUUUUAGAGCUGAAAAUAAAUGAAUGCUAAGUAUGCACAAAUGACUGGAUGUGUUCAUUCAACUGGCACCUAGGACAUUUCAAGAUGUCAA